GGUGGGGGAUCCUUUCCCUUCUGUCCCCCUCCCUCUCUCCCCUCCCCAUCCAAUUUCGAUGUUAAUACCUCAUCUUUGUGUGCGCAGACCUCUGCUGUGAGCAGUUACGGCUAAUUUUUCCUGCUUGGGCCAGUGGACUGGGAGGCGCACGGCUGCUGUUAGCUCCUUCAGGGCACCGCGCAGUGGAGCGUCAAGCUUUUAAUUGAGGUGUAAGUGUAUCGGCACAAGGGAGAGGCCAGCCGUGGUCGGAGCCGGGCUGGGGGUUGGCACGCCGCUCACCCAGCUUUUCAGGAGAAGGGAAGAGCUCUUUUGCAUGCAGGAGCGUGUUGGCAAAUGCCAAGAAGUAGCCAGCUCUGGAGGGACGCCAGCACUGUCGCGAUGCUUUUAGGUCCGGCCAGCCACAAUAGCUCCCUCUUAACUUCGUUUCCCAUCCCAGGACGGUCCCUCCACUCGCAACUGGACAUCAAGCACCUUCUGACCUUUCGCUUCAAUGGAACAUCCCCUCUCAACCUCUUCCCCAACUUCAACACGAUGGAUCCUGUGCAGAAAGCAGUGAUCAACCAUACAUUUGGCGUACCCAAUCCACUCAAGAAGAAGCAGUUCAUCUCUUGCAAUAUUUGCCAUCUCAGAUUCAACUCUGCGAAUCAAGCUGAGGCGCAUUACAGAGGCCACAAACAUGCCCGGCGGCUCAAAGCUGUGGAAGGAGCCAAAACCAAGCAGAAGGUGUCUGAGAGCCACAGUAGUGGUCAAGAAAAAACAGCUGACUUGGAUGCCACGCUGGACCUCGCUGGAGACACCACCAGCCACUCAGCGCAACCCAAUGGUCUGCUGGGACCGAAGCAGCCGACGGAGGAGCAGUACAGCCUGGCGCUGAUGUCUCCUGUAGAGAAGUCUCCUGCCGAGCUGAUGAGUGGUGUCCUACCCCUAGUCUCCCCACCCAUUUCAGAGCCCUCAGAGGGAGCCCCGGACACUGUGAGCGUGGCCUCCUCAUCAGCUGCCCCUGGAGCAGAGACUCCAGUCACUGAAUCGGGCAGCACCAUCAGCUCAGGACUAGAGGGGGAGAAAGAGGGGAAGAAAACCAAGCAACACUUGUUCUGUCCCAUUUGCAAGGUGACUGUCAACUCCACCUCCCAGUUGGAAGCUCAUAACUCCGGAGCAAAGCACAAGUCAGUGCUGGAAGGCCAGGCGGUUUUGCCAAGACGAGGCCGGGGGAAGGUCAUCUCUCGAGUGGGGCACAAGCCCAAGCGCAUUGGCAGCAAAGGCAUCCAAAACAAGGCCUUCCAGUGCCAGGCAUGCGAGAUUUAUGUCAACUCCGAAACCCAGCUCAAGCAGCACAUGAGCAGCAGGCGACAUAAGGACAGGUUGGCAGGAAAGCCCCCAAAGCCCAAAUUCAGCCCUUACAGCAAACUCCAGAAGAAUGCGGCCCUGGCAGUGAGUAUUCUGAAGUCCAAGCUGGCUCUGCAGAAGCAACUCUCAAAGUCCCUGGCUGCACGGUUCCUGCCCAGCCCCUUCGGCCCAGCCACCGUGUGUGCUCUGCCCAGCCCGCUGACACUGCGACCAGCUGCUGCUGCCCUCUUCCAAGCUCCUCUCUUUGGACCAGCGUUGUUCCGGACCCCGCCAGGCCCUGUGCGAGCAACUACAGGCCCAAUUGUCUUCGCCCCUUACUAAAGAACCUCAGCACCCUUUUUGGUUCAGCCAGAUUCUCUGGCACACGGGGAAGUCGAGGGGAACUGGUGCAGGGGAAAUUGAGGGAGAUGGCAGGUCAGGGCUCUUUUUCUGGCCAAAGGCAAGUUGGAAACCUCCUUGGAUUUCUAGCAGCAUCUGUUUUGCUACCUGCGUCGUCAACCGGAUGAUACUUUGGAGUAAGAGAUUAAGCUUCUGCCCAAGUAUUCCGCCCUGAUAAAGUCUGACAAUCCCAUAAUGCACCAAGGUUUCUGGCAGCGGCCAGCAAUACGCAAGCACAAUUAUACUUAUACCAGUGAGGGGGGAGGGGCUGGGGGAAUGUUCCAGAAAUUAGGGUAAUUAGAAGUCUGGACAGCUGGAAGUGCCAUUUUCUACAGGGUUGCCAUGAUCCAUGAAUCAUAUGUGAGUUUGUUGACUAGAUAGUGGACGUUCUCUUCUCUGGCUUGUAUUUCGGGAUUCAGUGUUCUCCUUAGGAAGAGAAGGUGCCGAGAUAUAUCCCUGUACUAGCCCAGAAACUGAGCUGGUUUUUCCAGAGGAGGGGGAGGAAUUACCACUGAGGCAGUACUCAGGGGGAACCUCUCUAGUUCCAAUAAAAUUAUUUCCACAGAAAAGCAGUAUAAAUUUGCACCCUGUCCUCUCAAGCCUUAAUGCCUGAACCCAAAAUGAAAGCCCACUGGCAAAAAUCUGAAACUUUUUAGUUUUCUAAAUGACCAAAUGAGUUUCAGUUGAGAAACUGUGAAUCCCAGAUCCUUCCGUCUCCUCUGGGUAAGGGGUGCAUGUCUGCCUGCCCAUGUGAAAGGAUAUUGCAUGGAUUAUGAGGGGGAGAUGAAGGGAAAGCCAAUUUGUUGGCUUUUUCCAAUUGUUUUAAACUUCUUUUAAUCUCCAGUCUUGGAAAGCGGAUGGAGUUUGGCUCCAAAGAGGAUCCCCAUUCCUAAGGCUUAGAUGAGUCUGUUUACACUUCACACGGUGUUUGAACUUGCCAUGAAUACCACCCUGUUUGCUAUGGUAGAGUGUGAAGAGGAGGAUGGGCUUGGGGCUGCCACAACUUCUUUAAAGUUUGAAAAUACAAGGUCUUUUUUUUUAAGGUUGCCAGUCCUGGGUUGGGAAAUUCCUUGAAAUGUGUGAGCAAAGCACAGAGGGUGGGACUUGGGGAGGGGAAGAACGUGUAAAAAAUGGUAAAUGUUGUGAUGCGGCGUCACUGCAUGAGUUAGUGAUGGCCCGGUGCUUGUACAGGGGACUACCUUUACCUUAACUGGGCACUUCCACUGGAGUGGAAGAUGGAAGCACCAACUGGGCUGUUUGCCACUGAAAUGGGGCUUAUUGGACCCCCCCCCCCCUUUGAAUGUUUAUUAGGGUCACUUGAGUACACAGAGCUUCAUUCUCCGUAGCCAAAACCAGCUGUGACUUGAUGGCACUUUUCACCACCCAACGAUAACCAAGUGGUAACUGAUGAUAUAUUAGAGAAGGAGACGGUGACCAUACCUUUGACUCUGUACUUCUGAUAUGGCUUGGCCCUGAACUAUUUUAAUGCCCCAGCCAACCCCUAGUGAGGACUGGCCCUUGGGAUGCAUGUGACAUCUCGGUAAGCUGGUUGUCCGCACUCUGCUGCCAACUUGGAAGAAGACUGUUACGGCACUUCCACGCUUGAUCAAAAGUCCCAGGAAUUAGGAGAGGGAACAGGGAGGUUUUCCUUGCCGUUUGAUAGAACAGUGCAGGCGACAGGCUUGCCAAGUGAUUUCAUGCACAUCGUGCUGAGGUGCUACUUGAUUGAUAACCUGUGCUUCCCCUAUGAAAUGUCACAGCAAAAGGAAAUUCUUACUCUGGCUGAUUUUCCCUCAGAGAACCCAGCCCUGCACUGCGAACAGCCCUUCUGCUCCAAGGGGAGAUUUGCAUUUUCUGGGCUUCUUCAUAGUACCUAGUUUCAGGUGGGCAGCUGUAUUGGUCUGCAGAGCUAGAUUUGAGUCCAGUAGCACCUUAAAGAUCAAAAGAUUGGUCUGAUGAAAGAAACUUUGACUCUCAAAAGCUUAUACCUUGUUUAGUACUUGUUUCACUUGCACACUUGUUGCACACUAGUUUCACACACACACACACACAUGCACAAGCUUCCUCUGUUUCAAGGGUCAUGAUCCACAGGCAGCCUCUAUAGACCUGGCAUUGCAGCAGAGCCAUAGCAAGGGGGAACUGUGCCCGGGGCAAGCGUGUGCCCUACGCUUCUGCCACACACACCCCCGCCCCCGCCACGUCUCAGAAUGCCCCUGAAUGCCCCCGAAACACCCCUGUCCCAGCACAUGCCCGGUGUGUCAUGCCCCACCCUUCCCCCUUGGCACUACGCCACUGCAUUGCGGACUCUCACAAGAACAUGGCAAGAGCCCUCUUGAGCCAUCCAGUCCAGCAUCCUGUCUCACACAGUGGCCCACCAGUCCCUCUGGAAUGCCAACAAAAGGGCAUAGGGGCCCAUCCUAAGAACAUCAGAAGAGUCUUGCGGGCGCACACCAGUGGUCCAUCCAGCCCAGCGACCUGUUCUCACACAGUGGUGAGCCAACAAUAAUGCACAGAGGCCUUCCCCUGAUGUCACCUCCUGACACUGUUAAUCAGAGAUUUACUGGCUCUGAAUGUGGAUGUUUUCUUUAGUCACCCUCUGCUUCAAUGUCUUUUGUUGCUUUAAGCAAAGUCUACCCAUCACUGUGAGCAAGCCUUAAGGCUGACAAGCUCUGUGUGGGGCCAGGAGAUCUCCUGGAAUUACAGCUGGUCUCCAGACUACUGAGAACAGUUCUCCUGGAGAAAAUGGCUGCUUUGGAAGGUGGACACUGUGGCGUUGUACCCGACUGAGGUCCCUCCCCAAAUCCCACCCUUCCUUCUCUGUCUGCCACCACCACCCAGUUCUUUGCCAUUGCUCUGAUUGGCAGCAGCAUCCAAGAUGUCAAGCAGAUGUCUUUCCUAACCCCCUCACUUGAGCUCCUGUCUCUGGAGAUAGCAAAGGCUGAAGCUAAGAACCUGAAUACCCAGCACUGUGUCACCUAAGCUCCUGUCUCAGUCCCCAAGCAAGUUUCCAUCCUGAGUAUUGAUCAAGCUGAGCGUUCUUCUGGAAAGUGCUUUAGGUGCCAUAAAUCCUCAAGACCAAACACUGGGGCAAAUAGGGGCAGUUGACUUUGGCCUUCAUGUUCUCUCCCUGAGGUUCAUAGAAAUAUUGGGCCUGGUCUCUGGUGAGAACACAAUGUUUUCUGGAGGAAUCCAAUGACAUGUGUCAUGCAGUGCCAACAUAAUUUUUUGUUGCAUCCGUGAUGGUAUUUUUAUUUUCUACGUGUCACAAGUACAGAAUCAUUACUGAGCAGCCCCUGUGCUCAUGCCUGAAUCCAGCAGCUAGAGUCAGACUGGCAAGGUCGCCGGCCAUGAUGGAGGGAUGAGCCGUUCCAAUCUAUGCAAAAUACUAGUGGAGUGGUUUUGUCCUUCUUUGCUUCCAUGCCUGUUUCUGAUUCCCAUGGCUGUGACUGCUUGUCCAAGGAAUGGGGUUCAAGGCUGAAAGAUGUAUAUAUAAGGCAAUCGUCUCCUUGCCACAGAUAUGAGAAACUUAUUCCCAAACAUCUGUCUCCUUUUAUUAUGCACAGUAUCAGAGAGUUUAAGUGUGUCAAAUUCUUCCAGGCAUAAGAAAUUUUAAAUCUAUUUUGUCACCCUUCAGAUGACAUAGGUUGAUUCCCCAUUGAGGAUUAAAUGUGUGCUCGUCACACAAAAUAUCCAGGUUUCCAGCAGAACUCCCCACUUCACCAGCGCCGAACACGCUUUCAUCCCGUUUCUGGCGCU